UUGCAAAUUACUCUCUUUCGUUUCCGACGUAAACAAACAGUCAUGGCGGAUAACUAUGUUGUCGAAAACAUGCUUCUAGAUUUGAAGCAUAAAAUUCACGAAAUGCUUCAGAAAAUUGGGACUGAGUCUUCUUUCCAUGGAAUAGUUUUGAGAAAAAAGUCCAGAGAUCUUAAGAGUGGUGACAUAAUCCUUCCUCGAGGGUGCAUAAAAGCUUCAGAAGAAAAAAUAUCGCAGUUCCUCUCUCUUGCUGAGAGCCAGCUUCUCUGUGGUAGCCACAUAGCCCGGCUGGCCCAGGAUAAGUUCAGUGUUUUGGCAGUCUUCUUAAACAGAGCUUCAGUGUUGCAGACUGUUUUGAAUGAGGUGCAGGAAUGUGGAUCCCAGUAUGGAUUAAGAAAGUCAAAAGAUUGUCUGGGAUGCAUCGCUUUAAACAUCAUCUCCGAGGAAAAAGCAGGUGUCAGCAUGUCAGAGACAAGUUCUUUGACUGACAUGAGGUGUUCCAGUCUACACAGUCAUGUGAGAAAUCUAUUAGAAGCUCACAGGUAUUCUGUGAUUUGUUUGAAUGACUUGUCCAAGCUCAGCUGUCAUCCUGAUUCUGCCACACAUGCACAGUCAAUCAGAGAUGCCAUCUUGACUAGAGCUCUUAAAUACCCGAAAACAGUGGAAACCUCUGAGAUAUCUGAUACCAAGCAAGAAGAAAAGGGGUCCUCAGAAUCAGGAGAAAAUUCUAGAACAACUGAUUGUGUGAUUGACCUACAGUGUGUCAUUAAGGACCGAGGGUACGCAGUUGGGAAGGACGGGUUUGACAAAAACCUUUGCAAAGCCACAGUGCUUCUAGAUGGUGUGCCCAGUAGUGUCACAGAAUCAGCCAUAAAACUAGAGGAGUGUGUUCUGCACAUGCUGGCAGAUCAGGAACUAACUGGUUGCAUCAACAUAGUGCCUCAGUCUCAGGCAUUUCGGCAGCAGCAAGUCCACCUGGUUUGGCAAGCUCUCUCAGACAGGUGUGUACCUCAGAGUCACCUUACUGUUGGCCCAGUCAUACAGAAAUCUGAUAGUGCUGUGCAGAGCGACCCGUGUGAAAAUACUGCUAAACUCUUCCAAAAGUUGAGGCUUGAGCAGAUGACAGAGGCAGCAGAGAUGAGGUACGGAGAAGCCGUGGAGGAUGAAGCAAGAAAGAACCAGAUCACCCAGCUAACUCAAGCCAGUAUCACAUUCGAUAUUCUGCAGAAUGCGUCCCAUGUCCAACUCCAUCUGAGUGCUUGUAGUCCUGGAGAAGGACUAGAGAGCCGGACUGGAGCUUUCAUUAUGUACAACACAGCCCGUUUGGCCACACUGUUUGAACACUUUUCUCAGGGAGUUAAAAAAGGUAUAUACCCUCCACUGCCGUCGCUGAAAGAAACUGACUUUACUUUGCUGAGAGAAGAGGAGGAGUGGGAAUUGCUGUUUCUCUUCAUCUCAAGGUUCCCGGAAACGGUACAUCAGUCUGUGGAAUGCGUGAUUCCCUCUGAUGGAAAAAUUGCUGCAAAAGUGCACACUCACAAGAUUUCUAACUUCUUGGUUGGUUUUUCAAAACGUUUAAGCUCCUACUACAGCAGAUAUCACAUCCUUGGAGGUGGAGAACUUCACCUACUGCCUCUUAUGUUUGCCCGACUUCAUCUCAUGCGAGCAGCUCACCAAGUCUUGCUAAAUGCUCUCCGCCUCAUUGGCUUGGAGGCUUUGGACCAUUUAUAGCUCAGUGUUUUUGUGCUGUCGAACCACAUAUUCUUUCAACUGCGCAAGUCAUGAGGAGCAGGCAAUAGUGACAAAAGUGUAUGGUGAGAGGGUGGACAUAAUUCAUGCUAUAAGGGCAAUUAAGAAAGAAAGGUACUUGUAGAUUUCUUUAGAUCACGCUUUGCCUUCAAUGACUGAAAAGCGUCUCAAUGCACUGUAGUGUCUUAUUUAAACUCAUUCAUGCUUAGCUGCGUUUUCUCUGGGGGGUGGUUUGAUCUCAUCAGUGGUUUAUGACCACAAUAUUAAUGUGUCCCUGCCGGUCAAUAUCAGUCAUAUGAA